UGUCGGCGCAGGAGUCGGCAAGCUGGCAACCCGGCCUAUCCACAAUUCUGAAGGGGGUGCGACAGCUGUCAAAGCGUCGCUUCAUCGCGAGUGACAGACGUCACCACGGAGAUGACGUCUUGUUAACGCGGCAUCCGGUCAUACUUUCUUUUAGUUCGUCAUAUCGAAGCAGACAGAAGUGAAAAUUAAGCUCUGUUACAGCAGGCAGUAAAGUGAAUUAAAUUAAAGAUUAAGUGCUAGAAGGAGUUCGUUUAAUAGUGUUCUGUCCGGGAAAAGCGUGAUAACUACACCAGAGAAAUUAAAUUCGUUGAAAUAGUGCGUCCAACUUUGGUGAAAUUUGUUCACACCACGGGUGUGCCCGAAUAAGCGUUUAGUCCUGGUCGUGUCUGCAGUCAGUCCGAUAAAGUCCUUGAUCCGUCGUAGUUACCUGAAAAGAAAGAAAGAGUAAGAAAUCAUUAAUUAGUGUUAAUAUCAAAUAAUAUCAAAGAAUUUUGAUCCAGGUUUAUAACCCGGGUAGAGGUUAGAACCAAGCCGAGAGGGCGUGGGAGAAUAAAAGCCUACCGAAUUGUAAGUUAAUAAUUAUAUGAACAAAUCAUUAUACUCACCAUUGAAUUUACAUUCUAGUUUGAAGCAAUACAAAACCGCUAUCAAAACCGACCGCUUCUUAAUUCUUUCCGCCCAAACUCCGCUGACAAUCUUCAAAAAUUCGUGGCGACAUGGAUAAGGACGGCCACGUGGAUGGCUCUAGAGGAGACCACGUGCAAGAAUCCAACUGUGCGGAUUGCCAACGACCGGAUAGCGCGGAGGACAUGGUCCAAUGUGACCAAUGCGACGUGUGGAAACACUACACGUGUGCCGGGGUCAACGACAGCGUCGCUAGCCGAUCGUUUGUGUGCGGCAACUGUACCGCCCGGCAGAGCGCGGUCGACCGAAGCACAGCUGACCAGAGUGCUAUCGACUUGAUAUCGGUGCGCAGUGGAUCUAGCCGCACUAGUACGACGUCAGCUUUCUCCAUCUGCCUGAGCCAGCUGGUGGAGCGGCAGAAACUUGAGCGUGUACGUGUGGAAUUGGAGCUGCAGCGACGUCACCUCGACGAGCAACAGCAGCUGAUCGACAAGGUGGUGGACGGGGAGGAAACAGCAAGUCAUCGCAGCGGUGGUCUACCGAGCGGUGCGAAGGGUGCCGCAAACAACGAGCUAGCGCCCCCUUCAUCGAAGGCACUUCCAACACCACCCCCUCCUGGUGCUCCUCUUGCGUCAGCUGCUGGCCGAUCAAAACAGUCGACCGUCGAAACGACUAAUUCCACCGCACCACUUAUGGUAACGAUUCCCCUCUCCGCGCUAGAUUCGAGCACUGUGGAAUCGUUGAAAUUGAGAAAAAAUCCCCUAGAUGCCUUCAGGAACCGGGUUGAGCAGUGCGAGAUUCGCGCCAAUCCAACACCUGAACAGGAGGAUUCAUCGGUGGUGGUAUCGAUUCCCCUUUCGGCCCUAGAUCCGAGGACGGUGGAAUCCCUUAAAGCAAGGAAGGAUCCGCAAACUGCCCUGCGGGAACUCAGGAACCGGGUUGAGCAAUGCGAGCAUCGCGCCAAUCCAACACCUGAAGAGUUGGCAGAUCUGCGGGCGCAAGUAGAGAUAUGCCGGACACUUUUGGAAGGUUUCCAGACAAGUGCGGAACCGAGCAAAGCUGCUCGACGACCGGAGACAAGCAAUCUAAGACAAGCUAAGCUUCAGUACCUAACUCCAGCAGCAAAUUCGACGCGCGUGGACAAGCAGACCGGCGCAAUCCCGAAAGCGAGUCGGACGUUGCCGGUGGUCGUGGAGAACGAGUUGAAUCUCUCACUAGCUGGAGCAGUGGGAGGAACCGACACUUCGAAGGACAUCUGGCCCCUUAAGAUGCCGGCAAGCCAAACCAGCUGCGCCCCGGUAAGUCAAUCCAUCGCAGCACUCGAAACGCGUCCGAUUGAUGCGGGACCCUCAGGUAAGCGUCAAGCCUUGAAUAAUUCUGUAAAUACAAACGAAUACUCCUCCAACAAUUGCCCCACGACCAAUAAUCCAACUACCCGAGAGCAGCCGCGUUUUGACGCGCGCCCGGGAGAAUCGCAUUCGCUUCUCACAAACUCCCACGAGCAGCCGCGAGAAUCUUUCGCGCGCUCGGGAGAUGCGACUUUGUUCAGUAGCCAAUUUGAACAAAAUUCAACCCAUCUACAAACGCGUAAUCUAAACUCGCGUGCGGUUGAUUCGUCUCUGCCCCCUCGUCAUUUGUCAAACAGUCAAGCCAUUCCUCAUCCAGAUCCAGUGCGUCCCACACAGCAGCAGCUAGCAGCAAGGCAGUCCCUGGCUAAGGAACUUCCGCGCUUCACCGGCGACCCAACUGAAUGGCCGAUCUUCAUCUCCAACUACCGCUACACCACAGACGCCUGUGGUUACACGGACGGCGAAAACAUGCUUCGUCUCCAGCGGAGUCUAUCCGGGCCGGCAUUGGAAACGGUGCGCAGUCGGUUGGUGCUUCCAGCAGCAGUGCCACAGGUGAUCGAGACGCUUCGCUUGCGGUUUGGACGUCCGGAGUUGCUGAUCAACGCGCUACUACGGAAGGUGCGCGAGAUACCAGCUCCAAAGUCCGACAGGCUGGAAGGACUCAUCGGCUUCGGUAUGGCGGUGCAAGCGUUGUGUGACCACAUCGAAGCUGCGAACGAACGCGCUCACCUUUCGAACCCGUCACUUCUCCAAGAGCUCGUCGCCAAGUUGCCUGCGGAUCAACGGAUGAUGUGGGCGGGAUACAAGCGAGGCUUCCAGGACGUCAAUCUAAGGACCUUCGGAGAUUACAUGGCGGCGGUUGUACGAGACGCAACCAGCGUGACAACGUUCGAGCCGGAGCAGAAGCGCAUCAAUGCUCGUGAUCGUCCGAAGCAUAAGGGGUUCGUUAACUCCCAUGCGACGGAGACAGCCGGAACACGAGAUUCGUCGCAUGAUUCCAAGGAGACGCCGAAGCAGUUCAACUGUGCGCAUUGCAACAAAAGCGGACACCGAUUGCGAGAUUGCAAUGCGUUCACGCAGUUAAAGGUGGACGAUCGCUGGCGACGGAUUCGGGAACUGAAGCUAUGCCAAAGCUGUCUCUUCAGCCAUGGACGAAGAGCGUGCCGUAUUCGGAAGGUUUGCGAGAUUGACGGCUGCCAGUAUAGCCACCAUAAGCUACUUCACUCCUCGGCAGGACCUCCAAAGCCAUCGGCUCCACAGAUUCAGGUGGCGGAACACCAUACACAUCGUCAACCUACCUCUUCGACGUUGUUUCGGAUCAUCCCAGUGACCCUGCACGGAGUCAGCGGCUCGAUCGACACCUUUGCCUUUCUUGACGAAGGGUCUGAUAUGACGUUGGUGGAAAACGACCUGGUUACGUCAUUGGGUAUCCAAGGUACCCCGCUCCCGCUAUGCCUCCGAUGGACUGGGAACACUUCGCGAACCGAAAAGGGAUCGCAACAGGUCACAAUCGAGAUCGCAGGAAUGGGACAGAAGAAGCGACAUAAGCUGCUGAACGCGAGGACUGUGAACAACCUGGGACUUCCUUCGCAAACUUUCCGAAUGGACGAAGCGGAAAGGAUACACCAGCACCUGAAGGGCAUUCCGGUCAGCAGCUACGAGAACGUGGUACCCAGGAUCCUGAUCGGUAUCGACAACCUGCGCCUAGCGGUUCCGUUGAAGGUACGGGAAGGAGAGGGGACAGCACCGGUGGCGGUGAAGACUAGACUGGGCUGGUGCGUCUACGGUCCCCAAGGAUGCAACAAUCGCGAGUCCUACAGCUUCCAUAUUUGUGAAUGUUCCUGUGACGAUACACUGCACGAAGCAGUGAAAGAGUUCUUCGCCGUUGAAGCAGCUGGAGCAGGUCCGGUGGAUAUUCCACUGACACUGGAGGAAGAACGAGCGCUAACUACCCUGGAACAAACGACCCGGCGAGUUGGGAAUCGAUUCGAAACGGGCCUGAUUUGGAAGCAAGACAAUGUGGAAUUCCCGGACAGCUACUCUAUGGCCGUGCGACGACUAGAAUGCCUAGAACGCCGAAUGGACCGCAACCCGGAGCUGAAGGAAAAUCUUCAUCGGCAGGUCUCCGAGUAUGAAGCGAAAGGCUAUGCUCACAAAACCACAAAAGCGGAAAUGAAAGCAGCCGAUCCGCGGAGAGUGUGGUACCUUCCGGUUGGAGCAGUAAUCAACCCCAAGAAACCGGGAAAGAUUCGUGUCAUUUGGGACGCCGCUGCUAAGGUAGACGGCGUAUCGUUGAACAGUCAACUCCUCAAAGGUCCCGAUCAGCUUUCCUCCCUUCCGGCGGUUCUUUUUCGCUUUCGCCAAUACGGAGUGGCAGUCAGCUCGGAUAUCCAGGAGAUGUUUCAUCAAAUCCGUAUCCGAGAGGAAGACAAACAUUCUCAGCGCUUCUUGUGGCGUGCCAAGCCGUCCGAUGAACCUACUGUCUACCUGAUGGACGUCGCCACGUUCGGGAGCACUUGUUCUCCAGCUUCGGCACAAUUCGUUAAAAAUCUAAACGCAGAACAACACCGCGAGCAGUAUCCCGAGGCGGCGAGUGCGAUCAUCGAUGACCACUACGUCGACGACUAUUUGACGAGUUUCGGUUCCGAGGAAGAAGCAGCAAAGGUGGCACGCGAUGUACGACACGUACACGGAAACGGUGGCUUCAAGCUGCACAACUGGCGAUCGAACAGCAGUAGAGUACUGGAACAGCUGGACGAAGUGCAGUCCGAAGCAGACAAGGUGCUGAACUUAGUCGACGGUGGGAAGUCCGAGAGGGUGCUUGGAAUGCUGUGGAGUCCAUCAGCCGACGAGUUGAGUUUCUCCACCCAGCUUAGCGAAGAAGUGCAAACACUGAUCCAGACCGGAACGCGACCGACAAAAAGGCAAGUGCUGCGUUGCGUCAUGACACUGUUUGACCCUUUGGGGUUGCUGUCACCGUUCAUCAUCCACGGCAGAGUCCUGAUCCAGGACCUUUGGCGAGAAGGCACGGAGUGGGACGAACAAAUAAGCGAUGACGUUAACAAGAAGUGGAAAAGAUGGAUACAGAUGAUCGGGUACAUCGCGGAAAUACGGAUCCCUCGAUGUUACUUCCACCAAGCCACCAGGGAGACCUACCAGAACUCGGAGUACCAUGUGUUCGUCGACGCCAGCGGAGAGGCGUAUUCCUGCGCAAUUUAUCUGCGCACAAUCGACGAUAGAGGAGAACCGCGCUGUUGCCUAGUCGCCGCCAAGUCGAAGGUUGCUCCGAUAAAACCAUGGUCGAUUCCGAAGCUCGAGCUCCAAGGAUGCGUUCUCGGUGUACGUUGGUCGAAAUUCGUCAAGGAGAAUCAUAGUUUGCCCAUUUCAAAGAUGGUUUUCUGGUGCGACGCCACAGUACCACUGGGAUGGAUCAAAGCUGACCCCAGGAAUUAUCGACAGUUUGUAUCCUUUAGAGUAGGCGAGAUUCUGGAGCAUACAACGGCAAACCAGUGGCGCUGGGUUCCGUCAAAGGAUAAUCCAGCUGAUGAAGCUACCAAAUGGGGUAGCGGACCGUACUUCGACCCAGAGAGCAAGUGGUUUCAUGGACCAACCUUCCUUGGCCUGCCGGAAACCGAGUGGCCUCGCCCUAAACAGCGCGUGACCGCCCCUACCGAGGAAAUGCGUGCAUCGAUCCUUCACCACUGUUCGUUCGUACCAGUCAUCGACUUUGAGCGGUUCUCUUCCUGGGGCCGGCUACAACGAGCGACAGCAUACGUACUUCGAUUCCUGCAUAAUUCGGCUAAAAGGCAGCCGAAAUUCACGGGACAGCUCUCGCAAGCAGAACUCCGGGCAGCGGAAGAAGUUAUCCUCAAACUGGUGCAACUCGAAUGCUACCCAGACGAGAUCGCAGCACUGUCAAACAAAGUACCGAACGAAAUCGAUCAGGAGGCCAUAGGGAAGGAGAGCUCAAUCUACCGACUAAUGCCGAUGUUGGAUAACGUCGGUGUACUGCGUGAGCGUGGACGAAUCAGCGCUGCCAAAGAUGUCUGCUACAACGUGCAGCAUCCGGUCAUCCUCCCACGAAACCACCGAGUCACAGAGCUUCUCGUGCACCAUUUCCAUCAGCGGUACCGCCACGGGAAUGCAGAGACAGUAGUUAACGAGCUCCGCCAGCUGUAUACCAUCCCAAGACUUCGGCUGGUUGUCAAGCAAGUGACUCGCGACUGCGCUUUAUGCAAGGUCCGUCGAGCCCGACCUGCAAUCCCACCAAUGGCACCUCUUCCACUUGCACGCGUAGCCCACCAUGAACGAGCAUUCACCUACACAGGGGUGGACUACUUCGGGCCGCUGCUGGUAAAGCAGGGCCGAUCCAACGUAAAGCGGUGGAUCGCGCUAUUCACCUGUUUAACAGUACGUGCCGUCCACCUCGAGGUCGCCUAUUCGCUGUCAACAGAAUCCUGCAUCUCCUGCGUUCGUCGGUUCGUGGGUCGCCGAGGUUCACCCGCCGAAUUCUUCAGCGACAACGGAACGAACUUCCAAGGCGCCGAUCGGGUACUGCGACACCAGAUUAGCCAGGGACUGUCUAACACGUUCACGAACGCCAACACGAAGUGGAACUUCAUCCCGCCAGGAGCGCCGCACAUGGGCGGUGCAUGGGAACGCUUGGUACGGUCCGUGAAGGCCGCAAUGGGUGAGGCGUACUCCGAGGGAAAAUUAGACGACGAGGGGCUGCAGACACUGGUCGUGGAGGCUGAAAGUAUGGUAAAUUCAAGGCCUCUGACGUAUUUACCACUCGACUGUGAAGAAGCAGAGGCGCUCACACCCAACCAUUUUUUGGUGCUGAGCUCAAAUGGUGCAAAAUCUUGCUUCGAUGGGGAUUCGGCUACAAUCCGUAGCCAGUCCGGCGAACUGGUCCGUCGAGAAAUCCUGGGGAGAUCCUGGGAACUGAUCCAACGUCAGCUGGACGUUUUCUGGAAACGCUGGUUGGUGGAAUACCUGCCGGUAAUUCGUCGGCAGUCGAAGUGGUUCGAUGAAACCCGAACCCUAGAUGUUGGAGACCUGGUAAUGGUAGCGGAGCCGGCAAAGCGGAGCGGAUGGGAGCGAGGACGAAUCAUCCGCACUACUCGAAUCCAGACGGCCGACAUCGACAGGCUGUCGUGA